CUAACUGAAAUUGCGUUUCCCUAACCCUAAAUCCUCGUUUUUCCUUCCUCCUUUUUCCCUCAUUCAAAAUAGUAGACUGAAAAUUUUACCUUCUCCUGCCGUAAAAGAGAAAUUACGCGAUUCAGAUAAAUUUAAUUCCGAGGUCCUCAUUUGACACUGAAGGAAAUUUCGGAUCCUUAAUGGCGAAGCGAGAGCUAUCCAGUACUUUGAGGGGCUUGAAGUUCAUGCAAAGGGCAGCUCAGAGAGAGGAGACAGUGAAAAAGGAAGAAGAGGUUAAACCUGAAGGGAUUAGUACUAUUACUAGAAAAUGUGUGGUGAUUAUAGAAGGGGAUCCUCAUCCUGGAGCAACUGUUGGGCGGAUGUCAUUUCGAAGUUUCAAUCCUUCUAUUGAUAAACUGAAUGAAGAAGCAUCAAAUGUGUCUCGGCUGGAUGCCUCUGGUGGAAGAACUUUGUCUAGUGAAAAUGGAUCUGCAUCUGAAGCAACUCACUCAAAAGUUGGCACUGAUAAACAUGAAGGUAAUGGAGACCUUAAGAGAAAACAAUCUGACAUUCAAUCUACCCCUAGCAGCGGUAAAGCCUCAUCCAAAAAGCAGUCAAAGCGUGAGAAACUGGACUGGAAUGUUCUCAGGCCACCAAAGCCUAAUAGGUGAUCUUAAUUAAGAAAUUGUCUUCAACAUAGUGUGGCGAUUAGUAUUACUUUUCAGGGUUCUCAUGAACGUGUAACGUUAUCUCAUAUUAUUAAAGCUCAGCCUUGUUAACUUUCAAAUUUGUUUAUUGAAGAUAAUUUUUAUCUCCA